UCCUUUUCUCUCCACAUCUCUCUGCAACUCUCUCUCUCUCUCUCUCUCUCUCCCCCUUCCUCUCUCUCUCCCCCUCUCCCUCUCUCUCUCUCUUUCUCUCCCUGCCUGUGUUGAUGUGAUUCUCCACUACAUAUUUCUUCAAAGCCAACCCAUCAAGCUUUACAAAAGAGAGAUCAAAGAACAACAAAGCAACCAUGGUUUUCUCAUCCCUCCCAGCUUAUCUUGAUCCAUCCAACUGGCAACAGCAACCAAAUCAUCACCAUCAUCAAGCUGGAAAUAGUGGUCUCAACACUCAGCUCCCACCAGCUCCUCCUCCGCCGCCGCCUCCUCCUCCUCCACAACCCCAUGGAGGACCUGGAGGCAACCCCGGCAGUUCGAUCCGGCCAGGCUCGAUGGUCGAGCGGGCCCGGAUGGCCAACAUACCCAUGCCAGAGGCAGCGCUCAAGUGCCCGCGAUGUGAGUCCACCAACACGAAGUUUUGCUACUUCAACAACUACAGCCUCUCUCAACCAAGGCACUUCUGCAAGACCUGCAGAAGGUACUGGACACGAGGGGGAGCGUUAAGGAAUGUUCCCGUUGGAGGAGGCUGCAGGCGGAACAAGAGGAGCAAAGGAAGCAGCUCCAAAUCUCCCAUCACAAGUGGCGGCAGCGACCAACAAGCCAGUGGUGGCUCCGCUAGCAGCAUCUCCUCAAGAAGCAGCGGCGGUCUCACCGGCGACAUGCUGAGCCGGGCGACGGCGCAAAUACCGGGCCUCCGCUACAUGUCUCCAAGCAGCUUGAGCAGCCUCGGUGAGCUGGGUAAUUCAGGAGAGAUGGGGCUGAACUAUGGCGGGAUUCCUGGUUCUAUGGUUGGGGACGCCGGGAAUUUUAGCUUCCAAUUGGGUGGUAACAGCUCGCUCUUAUCGAUGGGAAGCAUCGAGCACCAGUGGCGUCUGCAUCAGGUCACACAGCAGUUCCCCUUCAUGAGUAGCUUGGACAAGCACACCAAUCUGUACCCAAUGGAUGCUUCCACGAGUGGCGUUGAGCCGUCAGGUCUCGCAGGUCAUCAUCAUCAUCAGGUCAGGCCAAAUCUGUUCAUGAACUCAGGGGCUUCUCAGAUGGGCUCAGUGAAGAUGGAAGACAUCAACCAAGACCAGUUGAACUUGUCAAGGCAGUUGAUGGGGAAUUCAGGGGCUAAUGACCAGUUCUGGAGUGUUGGUGGUGGUGGUGGUGGUGGUGGUAGCGCAUGGACCGAUCUUUCGGGUUUUAGCUCUUCUUCUACAAGCAGUGCUUUAUAGAGAUCAUGCCUUUGAAGCCUUAGCUUUGUCCAGAAAACCUUCCUUGCUUUGAAGCUUCAGUUCUUUUUGUUAGUGUAGCUUCAACUUCAACAACAAAGCUCCAAUACUCAUCUUGUUCGCAGCUAUAAGUUGCCCACAGUCGGCCUACUAGUUCAGGAGUUACUGAGAUUUUUAAGGGUGAGCUUUGUGUUCUUCACUGAAGAAAACCCUAGAAUUGUGUCUUUUUUCUUUUCUUCUUUUCUCUUUUCCUGUGGUUUUUUCUUUGCUUGAAUCUAGAUCGACGAUGUGUAUGACAUGUAUAACAUGAGUAAGAGACGAACCCGCAAGCUGCAACUACAUCCAUGUCUUGCUAGUGUUCUUAUGUUCAAGGUGAUGUACAAGACGAGGUAUUGGGGACCGAAAAGUAAUGUAAUACAAGUUUUCUUCACUCCAUUAUGUGGAUAUUUUUAGUGUCUAAA